AUACAUAUUGCUCGCUGCUCUGUGAAAAUACUUGAGGAGUGACAACAAUAAAAUGCCAUGAGCGACUUCACGCAGUGCUCUUCAUGAUAAAAUAAUUGUGAACACUCCAAGUGCACGGCAGUCUGUGAAGUUCAGUGGAGCAUUCGGUGCUGCGUAGGAAUUUAUUGUAUUAAAUUUUGCUCUUUUCCAUUUGAUGCUGGUGUAUUGUUGGUGCUCAUGCCAAAAUUGCGAGGAUACGAUAACCCCGUGGCCACAGGCGCUGGGGAUGAGGGGUCAGCAGCCACCCAGGGUCGGGUGAAAUCUGACGCCGAAAAUAGCGCUGAUCGUGAUACGGGAGAUCAUAUUCCGACACUGCGGCGUCUCUUCAAUGCCAACAGGUAUGCCACGAAGAAAACCCUUGCUCAGGGUAUUCUGGAUUUGGCUCUUUUGGCUUCCAAUGCGGCCCAGCUGAAGUAUCUCCUGCGUAUUGGGGACACCCACGAGUUCUAUACACUUCUGCUGGUCCUCAUUGUGUCAUCAAUCUGCCUCCAGGUAAUUCAGGCUGUGGUAUGCGUUGUGUUGGCUAUGGUGCUGAAUAUCAACAAUGUGAAUGAGCAGAAAGCUGCGGACAUCUGCAACAAUAUCUGUGUGGCCAUCAUCAUUGUCACAGUGGCCAUAAACGUGAUAAUUAGUGCUUUCGACCUGAAAGGAGAUGAUGGCAUAAGUCUAAGGUAUUACCACCAGGAUAUCCAACAUUAGAACUCUCCCUGCCAAAAGAAAGAGCUCCCUGGUGAAAGCUUCUAGCACCUCCAUAUGGCUUUCUGCCGAAUUUGCCUUCGCCGAGCUGCAUCAUUGCGGAUUUACAGAGCCCAUGGGGCAUAAAGUAUUUAAUUAUGUUCAUUAACUUUUAAAUAUACAAUUAUAAUUUUA